AGGAGCAGGUGGGGGAAGAGGCUGUGUCAUUGAAAUAGCUGGCAGGAGCAAGCACCAGGCAGUAACGUCUAUGUCAAGGCUGUCUACCUGCAAGGUGUGUAAUCAUGAUGACCAUGAACGGCAAGCAGCAAUUCAGCAUGCAUCCAAUUCUCCAGGAGCCCAAGUACCCGGGGUUACACUCUACCACAGAGCACAUGAGAAGAGUUUGCUUGCCAACCCCACCGCUGCAGAGCAAUAUAUUCGGCGGAUUUGAUGAGUCCCUGUUAGCCCGCGCUGAAGCUUUGGCGGCGGUGGAUGUGGUCGCUCACAGCAAGAGUCACCACCACUUCAAGCCGGACAUCACCUACCAUACCAUGAGCAGCGUCCCCUGCAGCUCCACAUCCACCCUCGCCAUCUCUCACCCAUCCUCGCUCUCCUCUCACCAUGUCCACCCGGGCCACCAGAUUUUGGACACCGACCUGCUGGACAUCUCCCCGAGUUUGACAGGUUUGGGUGGUCCAGACCCGACCUCCAUGCUCUCCUCACAAGCCCACUCUCACAACCUCAACGCCAUGGGAAACCUCCAUCAAGUAAUGUCCAUGGGCCACCCACACCCCUUCGCCACCCACAACAGCAUGCCGUGCCUAAACGACAUGGAAGCGGACCCCAGGGAGCUGGAGGCUUUUGCCGAGAGGUUUAAGCAGAGGAGAAUCAAGCUGGGAGUGACACAGGCUGAUGUUGGCUCUGCCUUGGCCAAUCUGAAGAUCCCCGGGGUGGGUUCUCUCAGCCAGAGUACCAUCUGCAGGUUCGAGUCGUUGACUCUCUCACACAACAACAUGAUUGCGUUGAAGCCCGUGCUGCAGACCUGGCUGGAAGAGGCGGAGAACGCUUACAGGGAGAAGGCGAACAAGCCGGAGAUGUUCAACUCCAGCGAGAGGAAACGCAAGCGGACCUCCAUCGCAGCCCCGGAGAAGCGCUCGCUGGAAGCUUACUUCGCCAUCCAGCCGCGUCCCUCCUCGGAGAAAAUCGCAGCGAUCGCAGAGAAGCUAGACCUGAAGAAAAACGUGGUCAGGGUUUGGUUUUGCAAUCAAAGACAGAAGCAAAAGAGGAUGAAGUAUUCUGCAAAUCACUGACUGCGUGCAGUUGGAUGGCAGGAACAAGCAGGGAUCUUCAGUGUCUUCGCUAAGGACUUAAGCCAUGGACUUUAGAUCAGACUAACUUUCUCACACUUUUAUCACAACAAGCUCAGAGGAAGCCCCCACGCCGGGCUGUAACAAGGCCAUUCUUGGAACCUUCGGAGGAAGUCCUUCCGUGCAGUCGCUUUGGUGUGAGUGUUCACUGUGGAACAGGCACCUGCCUUGACUGGCCGCUGCUCCCCACACGCCUCUGCCCUGGAAUCAAUGUUCUAGAGUCCUUCCGACCACGAGCAAGAUCCAAGAAAAGCUACUGUCAACCCCCCCCCCCCCCUGUUUUCACAAACAAAAACAAACGGAAAGUCUCAGAGUCAUCGUGGGAUCACGAGGGUCCGGAUGCUUCAGUGAAAUUGAGUUUCAAGCCUUCCGUUUUAUUAGUAUCCUUUAGCUAUUCCGUGCUGAGAUAAUUGCCCUGGUAAAUUAAUAUUUAAUGUUAUUUAUUUCCUGAGUUAAUAAAACAAACCAAGAUCUGCGAGAAUAA